GCUUGAAAAAUCUGCUGCUGAACAAAUCUAUCAUUCUAUCUAGUCUCAUGUUUCUCAUUCUCUCACAACCCAUGACGGCGACCCAACUCUUUCCUCACUUUAUCGUCUUCUAACAAUCGAUCAAUGGCGGCCGCUUCUCUAUAUCUCAUUUUCAUGUUUUCUUUUUUGAGUUUUCUCCUUUUUUUCACUCUUUCUGUCAUCAUUUUCUCCCUCUACACAAUUUUGAAGAAAAUUGAUGAAAUCUCAAAAGAAAAAUCCAAAAAAAUUCCAUCUUUACCGGUAGAUGAUGCUGAAAAUUACGAGAAAAAAAGAACCCAGCAACAGAAACAAGAAAAUGCCUAUAAAUCUGACAAAAAUGAAGAUCCAAAUGAUAAAAAUGGGUCGGACCAGGAGGAGAACAAAAGGAAGAAGAAACGGGUCAAGAAGAAGAGACCCGAUUCAAAUUGUGUAGAGAAAAAGGAUAAGGAAGAUAUUUUAUGCUUGUACCCGUUUACAAAAUCUUCGAGUGCAAUUCAGAGGAAAAUUAAGCUGCAGUAUGAUCAAAUUGUCAAGUCCCAUGAGUCCAAAAGCUUGACUCUGGCUCAGGUGGGCAAAUUCGUUAAUUGUCUGGUUGAGGCGAGAAACGAGCUGCAGAACAAAUCUGAGGUCAUCAAGCGGAAGUUCAUAAUAACCAAGGCCAUAUUAUUCAAGGCGGACAAGUCUUCAGUCAACCGCCUGCAUCAACAGAUAUGCAAGCUAGAAUUAGAACAUAAAAGAUUAGAAGAUGAUGCAUUUGUAUAUAAUUGGCUCCAACAACAGCUUAAGCUCUCUCCUGCAUACGAGAAGAUGCUGGAACUUGGUGCUUGCAUGGAGGAGAUAAAAUCCAAUUCUGUCGACCUUGUGGAAAGUACAGAUGCCAACUUCUCUGAUAUAUCAUUUGAAGAGUUGCUGGCACAGGAAAAGAAGGAUUCGUUUUGGCAGAGAAAAGGGAGAUAUAAACCGUGCUUGGGAUGAUAAGAUGAUAGCGAGCAAUUUUAACUAAUUUAUACAUUUUAGUGCCCAAAAUCAAGCAUUGGUGCAGAAUUUUAUAGUUGCAUGGCUUCUUUGUGUUGAUUUGGAAGAAAUUGUGACCCUUAAUCUUUUGAUUACCCUAUAAGUUCUCAGGUCGAAAGCUAAUUAAUCUUUCACAGGGCAAACAUCUAUGUUGUGUCUGAUUUUUUUGCCACAUUCUAUUCUUCCGCACUAUUAUAUUUUUGAAUUUUUUUCCCCCCGUA